AUAUAUAUAUAGUCCCUUUAGAUUUGAAUAAUUUUUGAAGUUGGAAACGAGUGUCAUAAAAGUCAUACGAUAAACUACAGAGUUAUAAUCAGAUAGCUAUAUCGGAUUCUCUGACAGAUUUUUCAAAUGAAAAAGUAUCGACAAGUCCAUCACCUAUAACUCGUUGAAUAUUUUUAACGUUAUGAUCUUUUAUCGAUAGGAAAAGAAAAAGAUAGAUAGAUAGAUGGAUAGAGAUAGAUAGAGAGAGAGAGAGAGAGAGAGAGAGAGAGACAGAAUGAUGAGUCGACGAGUCGAGACAGGAUGUAAACACAUUGAUUUGUUUCCUGUUUUCGAGAACGAACAGUUGGCACGAAUUCUAGAAAAAUGAAAUUCCCCAUCUCCGUUGUUUCACGAUGAACGUGAAAAUAUAAAUAAUAUUAUGAAAAAUAAGUAAGGGACGAUCGAUUUAUCCUAUCAUUUAGAUCGAGAGACGACAUUACGACCUAGAUUAAUAUUACAUGUAAAUUCGUUCUCGUUUCUUGUUUCAUUAUUUUUCUUACGAGAUAUAAAACGAUCGAUCGAUUCGCUGAUUAAAACAAGUGUAAUAAACUGUACGUUUACUCUUCUCUUUUAGGUGCCCUAUGGAGCGUAUCGUAAAAAAAAAAAAAAAAAAAAAAAAAAAAAAAAAAAAAAAAAAGAAAAAAUGAAAAAAAGAGAAAAAAAAGGAAAAAAAAGAGAAGAAAAAAAAGAAGAGUAAAAAGGUUCGGAAUUUUCUUUAUAAAUGAAGCCGCGUUAUAUACCAGCUCGUGUCUGGCGGUGACGAAAAUUGAGAUCGUAACGGUGCUUUUAGUGGAAUUAGUAUCAUUCGAACGACUAGUACGAGAGAGACCAGGCCCGCCUCUUCUUACUUGUGUGUGCACUACCGAAACCGAUCACAGGGUAUAACAAACGAAUUAGUGGUUUAUAGUGGAACAGUCAGUUCGGGUCGCUAUAAAACGAACACGCUUCUCCUUCUGGAGAAACAGUUCAUCGUCGAUUUUCCUUGGUGAAGUUUACUCAUGGACUUUGCCGAACUGAAGAUGUCACUGCUGUGCUUGUUCCUUUUAUUUGCGGUAGUCACGGCUGUUCCGAAGAUUCAUCAUGAUGACGAUGGGGAUAAGGAAGGUGAUCAUGGCGGUUCCCAUGGUCAUGCCCAUUCUUAUCAACAUUUUAUCGGACCGGUAGUGGGCCAUCACGAGGAGAUAACGUGGAAGGACAAGCAUGGUGAUCAUUAUCAUGAUUACAGAGCUCAUCCAAAAUACAAAUUCUCUUAUGGAGUUGUAGAUCAUCAUACGAAGGAUCAUCAUGAUCAGAGCGAGCAUAGGGACGGAAAAAAAGUGGAAGGAGAGUAUCAACUACAUGAACCAGGCGGUAACGUUAGGGUUGUCAAGUAUCAUUCUGAUCCUCAUGGUGGAUUCUUUGCUGAAGUUCACAAUCAUGGUGGAAAUGAUCAUUCCGGUGGUACUUAUGGCGGACACAAACAUCGAUAAAUCAAUGAUGGCUUAAGAAUUAUCGAUUAUUUUCAUGUAAAUUAAAAUGUCAGAAUAAAUUGUCUUUGUUGA